AUUUCAGGAGUAUAAAACACAGCAGACUGAGGGGCGGGGGAUAAUUCUGUGUGUGUUUGUGUAAAGGAUAAGUAGGAAAACUUGAACAUGGUGCAACUGUCUAAAGCUGGGAUGAAGAGCACGUUAUCGUUGAAGGCUGGUCAUCCUCCUGCAGUAAAAGCAGGAGGAAAACGAGUUGUUAAGAAAAACAGUGAGGAUGGAACCCCGGAGAAGGAAAGCAAGAGAGCAGAUAAACCCAGGUCUUUGACCACCUUCUCUCGGAUGCAGCAAAUGGGUAUUCUAAUGGCAGGCCCCCUAGAGAAGUUGGGCCAUGAUUUCCCUGAGACUCCAGUUUCAGUACGGCACCAGAAGGUCAGACCCAGCAUGGAGAAACUGCACAUGCAGCGCUGCUUCUUCAUCCAGCAGCCCCGCAAGUGUUGAGCCAAAAUGGCUAACAGCUGAAGAACCAGGAUGUGUGCGAGAUGUUUGUGCAACGUGAACAGGAAGUAUGUGUGAUUGAGCUGAGUAGUGCAUAUCGAGGAUCUGAGAGAAAUUUUAUAUUUUAAAUCCUUGACUCCUUGCUUUAUGAAUUCUCUUAGCUUCCGGAGGAUUUUCCAUUCGUGCAGCUUUGCAGGAUUUCUGUGUAAAUUCUUUUUGUUUAAUACAUGUUCGCUGUUUUAUACUGAUAUAAAACACAGCUGGUAGUCUGAUUACCUUGCAGAAAAGAAUGCAUGAGCUCAUGUUUACUCAUUAAAUAAAUAUGUAUUGCAUUAAUAAA